UUACUAUCAAUAGAUAUGGACAAGCAGUAACUUCUAGCCUUGCAAGUGUUGUCCACGCCUAUUAACUAUCUGCAUAUCCUUUCUUUCAUCUCUCGAUUUCCUUGAUCGAUGGCUCAGUCAGCUCGUGGAUAUAAAGCAGUUACCCAGUAGACUAGGGAGUGGACGAAGGAGCUUCCCCAGGGUGUGAGUCCGGCAAUCGGAGCUGAGAAUCGAAAGCAGUCUCACACUGAGAUCCAGCGCUCAGUUGCCCCACUUCCCAGGCAUCAUCCCCCUUCUUAACUCGGUGACCCUCGCUCCCCACACAGGUUUAGUCGUCAUGGAAUCGGGGACAAAACGACUGAAGGAGAAGAUCAAGGAGAAGUUGCCAGUGACGGGGCCACAAGCAGAAAGCAUCUCCGAGCUGGUACGCUGGUACUGUUUCAAUACUAACACCCAUGGUUGCCGCAGGAUUGUGGUGUCUAAAGGCCGACUUCGCCGGGUCAUCUGGCUGGUGCUGACCUUUGGUGCGGUGGGUAUCAUUAUUUGGCAGUGCGCUCUCCUCAUCGCCUCCUACUACACUGCUUCCGUCACCAUCACCGUCCAGUUCCAGGAGAUGACCUUCCCCGCCGUCACCAUCUGCAACAUGAACCCAUACAGAUACAAUGAAACGAGACAUCUCCUUGAGCAACUGGACCGGGAGACUCUGAUCGCCAUCAAGGAACUUUACCACUCCUCGAACAGCCCCGACAGCAGGCUGGCCCGAGCUCGGCGAGACGCCGCCGAGGGGCUAGAGACCGGGUUGUUCCGCACCAUCCCGCUGCUGCGGGUAGAAGUUAGUCAGGGUUACACCAUCCUGUCCGACCUGGUCACCAAGAGUCACCGCAGAUACAACGGGACAUUCAGAACCCGAUCCGUACCGGGGAUCCGCACUCUGAACCGAGCCAAAACAAUCGGCUUCAAGCUGUGCGAGAAGAAACACGACGAGUCCACCUGCGACAUCUACACGUUCAACUCGGGCACGACCGCCAUCCAGGAGUGGUAUCGGCUCCACUACCUCAACAUCAUGGCUCAGGUGCCCGAACAAACCAAAGUGCAGAUGGGUUACUCCGCCCAUGACCUCAUAUUGUCCUGCUCAAUCCAGGGACAGCGCUGUGAUUCAAGGAACUUUCGCCUCAUGCAUCAUCCCCUGCACGGAAACUGCUUCACAUUCAACAGCGGAGAAGGCAGCAGUGCUCAGCGGACCAACAGCGGAGGCAGUGAAAAUGGCCUGAAGAUGACUCUGCGCAUGAACAAGAAUGAGUACAAUCCAUAUCUCGCCACCUCAAUGGGUGCUAAAAUUGUCGUUCACGAUCAGAAUGAGCAGCCCUUCAUUGAAGAUGUGGGGAUCGAGAUUCAGACUGCAACCCACACGGCCAUUGGGCUUGACUUGACUGUAUUGCAGAGGCUGAGUAGUCCAUACAGUGGCUGUACAACAGACGGACUCAACGUGCCUGUGGCAAACCUCUACAACAAAGCCUACUCUUUGCAGAUGUGUCUGCACUCAUGCUUUCAGAUGGAAAUGGUUCGAUGCUGUGGGUGUGCCCACUAUGAGAAGCCGCUGCCUGCAGAAGCGGAGUACUGCGACUACACAAAGUACCCAGGCUGGAUUUCCUGCUAUUAUAGACUGCGCAACCAAUUUAUUCAAGAGAAACUGGCUUGCCAGAAGAUUUGCCCACCUGCCUGUCAUUCCAAGGAAUGGACAAUGACACUCAGUAUUGCACAGUGGCCCUCAACACCAUCUGAGGAGUGGAUCCUUCAUCUACUGAACUGGGAAAAUGGGCUUAAUGGAAAUAAGACACUGAAAAGGGAUGAUCUAGCCAGCCUGGCCAUCUUCUACAGAAGUCUCAAUCUGAGGAACAUUACCGAGACAGCUGAAAAUAAUAUUGUCACCUUACUGUCAAACUUUGGGGGGCAACUGAGCCUCUGGAUGAGCUGCUCCGUUGUUUGCAUUAUCGAGAUCAUAGAGGUGUUCUUAAUCGACAUGUUCCUGAUCGUGGCACGGAAAGGGGUGCGGACGGCACGCAAGUGGUGGUGGAGGGAGACAGAAGAGGGGGAGCCCUCUGCAGCCGGCAGCACAGAUCAUGGGUCUCCAGUCUUCCUUAACGACGAAGACCCACCGACCUUCAACGCUGCGCUCCAGCUUCCUCGCGCUCGCGCUCACGCCCCGGACAUGCUGCCCCCCACCUAUGAAACGCUGAGGAUACGCAAACAUUUCCUCAUAGACACUCCGGCUGUGGUGUCCAGCAUUGCAUGGGUAUCUGAGGACGUCAGCAGUCCAGUAACACAACAGGACAUUGAGGGGGAGAAGUGAAUUAAUGCAGGAGGUACAAGCCAAUUCAUUGUCAGCAAGCUAGAAUAACCCAGUAACUCAGACCAAAUGCCAGAAACUACGCUGUAUUCUAAUUUUUGUGAUCUUAUCAGGAAUAAAUGCUAUUUCAAGUCUC